AAAACGUAUAAAACAUAAAACAUCGACAGGAAUAUUUAAAAAAAAAAAAUUAAAAAAAAAGUAAGGGGUCAAUCCGCAAUUAAUCCUAAAUUAAAUUACUAAUGAAUUGAAUUUUCUUCAAAGACACUUCAUCGUGGCAGCCGGAGGCAACCAGAAAGUUCAAUUUGAGUUUAAGUUAUUUGUCAUUAAAAGAUAUAAUUGAUUUUGAAUUUGAGAUCGGAGAAGACGAUGGAAUAUUUAGGCAUUGAUUUGAGCUGUGCAAUUGGAUCUCUUCGCAAUGGAAGCAUCCCUGACAAAGAUUGUUUGCUUCCUCUUAUUUCCAAACUCCUCGGUUACGCCAUCGUCGCCGCUUCCACCACCGUCAAACUCCCUCAGAUUUUGAAAAUUUUACAGCAUCGAAGUGUGAGAGGACUUAGUAUGUUGUCGUUUGAGCUUGAAGUUGUUGGGUAUACCAUAUCACUGGCUUACUGUCUUCACAAAGGCCUUUCUUUUUCGGCUUACGGAGAGUUGUUGUUUCUUUUGAUUCAAGCAUUUGUAUUGGUUGCCAUAAUCUACUACUAUUCUCGACCUCUGAGUACAUUCACAUGGAUUCGGCCAUUGAUAUAUUGUGCCGUAGCACCCACAGUCUUAGCUGGUCAAAUUGAUCCUGUCCUCUUUGAGGCCUUGUAUGCAUCCCAGCAUGCAAUAUUUCUGUUUGCAAGGAUCCCACAAAUAUGGCAAAACUUUUCUAAUAAAAGUACAGGGGAGCUCAGCUUCUUAACUUCUUUUAUGAACUUUGGAGGCUCAAUGGUUAGAGUAUUCACCACAAUUCAAGAAAAUGCCCCAAGAAGCGUUCUACUGGGCUAUGCAAUUAGUGUUGCAACAAAUUCUACCAUCUUGAGUCAGAUACUGAUGUACCAAAAGCCUCAGGCCGCGAAAGAGAAGAAAGUGAAAUAGUAGAACUAUAUGGGAUUCUCUAUAUCCCUUCAUCAUGUUCAUCUCUCAACAGGCGCUGCUGCAUGCACAUGCGAUACACAUAAUUUUAUCAGUCUUAAAUUUACCCACCGAACUUUUUAUGGAUUUUCAUGUGCUGAUGGGUGGACCAUUUUAUGGUAGCCAAGGGUGCAUAAGUAACAGGUGUAUGUUGUCAUUAUAUUUUAGAACCUGUAAUUCUUAUGCUUGAUUAUCUGUUGUCUAUCACACGAUAAUUUAAAGGUUCGUUGUAAGAAUAUCUUUCUCGUAGUUCCAUUUCUCUUUAUAUGA